AUAAAAACAUGUGUAAACCAUAAACCAUGUGACCAUGUUUUUGUAGUAGUGUUUUUUUAAGUUACGUGAAGUUUAAAGUAAAGAAAGUAAUCUCCUUACCGAAAAAUAAUCAUUUUUACGUACAGGAGUACUUACAUUUUAAAUCUUAAUUAGAUAUAGAUAAGACAUAAUAUAGUUUUUGCAGAUUGGUUAAUCUUUGUAGUUGUGAUUUAGAAAUUGUAAAUAUAAACAUGGUUCGAUCAUGCAGUGCAUUUGGUUGUACUACAAGAAGUUCCAAGACAGAAUAUGUAUUUCGGUUUCCAAUGAAUUUUGAAGAGAAGAAAAAGGAUUGGGAAAAUGCUCUAGGAAGAAAAGGAUUUUCUGCUACACGCAACAGUGGUGUAUGUUAUAAACACUUUAGACCAGAGGAUUUUAAACAAAAUCGUACACGGGUUAACUUGAAAUAUAACGCUGUGCCGUCAAUCUUUAAACAAUCUUCUAAGUGCCUUAAAACCAAAGAAAAUAAACCUAGAAGAUUAUUGUGUGUAUCAAGACAAAUUCAAAAAGUUAAACCUGUUCAAAGUCAGAAUGUACCAAGUAAUUCAACCAAAGAAAAUAAACCUAGGACAGUAUUAGAUAAAAAUGCUUCUGUUUCAAGUACCAAACAAAUUCCAAAAGUUGAACCUGUCCAGUGUCAGAGUGUAGCAAGUAUUUCAACCAAAGAAAAUAAACCUAUACGAGUAUAUAGAAAUGCUUCUGUUUCAAGUACAAAACAAAUUUCAAAAGUUGAACCUGUUCAGAGUCAGGGUGUACCAAGUAAUUCUACAUGUUCCACUGCUGUGGAAAACGAAGAAAGAAUAGUGAUUGACAAUGAUGAUGAUAUUGAUUGUAACAUAUCCAUAAAAGAGACUGUCCAGAGUCAGAGUGUACCAAGUACUACAACCAAAGAAAAUAAACCUAGAAGAGUAUAUAAAAAUGCUUCUGUUUUAUUUACAAGACAAAUUCCAAAAGUUGAACCUUUUCAGAGACAGAAUGUAUCAAAUACUUCAACAUGUUCCACUGCUAUGGAAAAUAGAGAAAUAAUGGCGGUUGACAAUGAUGACAAUGUUGAUUGUAACAUAACCACAGAAAAGACUGUUCAGAGUCAGAGGGUACCAAGUACUACAACCAAAGAAAAUAAACCUAGAAGAAGAUGUAAAAUUGUUUCUGUUGUAAGUACCAGACAAAUUCCAAAAGUUGAACCUGUUCAGAGACAGAAUGUACCAAAUACUUCAACAUGUUCCACUGCUAUGGAAAGUAGAGAAAUAAUGGCAGUUGACAAUGAUGACGAUGUUGAUUGUAACAUAACCACAGAAAAGACUGUUCAGAGUCAGAGGGUACCAAGUACUACAACCAAAGAAAAUAAACCUAGAAGAGUAUGUAAAAUUGUUUCUGUUGUAAGUACCAGACAAAUUCCAAAAGUUGAACCUAUUCAGAGUCAGAGUAUGCCAAGUACUUCAACAUGUUCCACUGCUGUGGAAAACGAAGGAAGAGUGGUGGUUGACAAUGAUAAUAAUUUUGUUUGUGACGUAACCGUAAAAAAUACUGUUCAGAGUCAGAGUGUACCAAGUACUACAACAUAUUCCACUGCUAUGGAAAAUAGAGAAAUAAUGAUGGUUGACAAGGUUGAUGAUGUUGAUUCUGAUGUAAGCAUAAAAAAGACUGUUCAAAGUCAUAAUGUACCAAGUAAUUCAACCAAAGGAAAUAAACCUAGAAGAGUAUAUAAAAUUGCUUCUGUUUUAAGUACCAGACAAAUUCCAAAAGUUGAACCUGUUCAGACUCCGAGUGUACCAAGUACUACAAUCAAAGAAAGUAAAUCUAUCAGAGUAUAUAGAAAUACUAUUUCAAAUAUGAGACAAAUUCCAAAAAUUGAAUCUGUUCAGAUUCAGAGUGUACCAAGUACUUCAACAUGUUCCACUACUGUGGAAAAUGAAGAAAGAAUGAUGAUUGCCAAUGAUGAUAUUGAUUCUUACGUAUCCAUAAAAGAUGAGUUCGAAAGGCUUAAAAAAUGUGAAAAAGAUUGGAGAAAAUUAAAAAUUCGCUAUAUAUUAAACUUGGGAAAAUUACAAAAAAAAAUCCGAACUUUAAAUCAGAAAUUGAGAAGAAAAAAUAAAAAACUUGAUAAGAUGAAGGAAUUAAUUAAAAGCUUUAAAGGUAAAAGCUUAGUUGACAUGGAACUUGGUCAAAGAUUGAAUAAUGACCUUGCGGGCAUGAAUGAAGACGCUUUAGAAAUUUUUAUUGAAAACUAAAAAAAUAAAUCAAGAGGUGGUCCUCGAUAUACUCAAGAAAUAAAGAUGUUUGUCCUGACACUAUUUUAUAAUUCCUCCAAAGGCGUAUAGCUAUUGCAGGAACAUUCUUCAGUUACACCAUCCCUAAAGUCUACACAACUAGCUGUUCAACGUGUUGGCUGGACCUGUUUUUUUUUUGAAAAAGUGUUUGACAAAUUGCAACAGCUACCAAAAGAUACAAAGGACUACAAAUUUAUUAAAUCUGACUCAUUUAUUUCGGCAAUUCAGACAUAUAUUUUACAUUUUAAAGUAGAAGACUUUAAAAUGAUAUUGCCAAUAUUUAUGAGUUGCGUUCCUGGGACGACUUUACUGAAAGAUAGUUCAUUCAAUUACAUGAAAUCAACCCUAACUCAAGAAUAUCCGCCACAAAAAAAUCAUAGCAUGUGAUCUGUCUUUAAAAAGACAACCACAUGCAACGGUGACAGUAAAAUUCUCGCGUUAGAGAUUCCAUAGUAAAUUACGACGGAAAACCAGGAAAAAACCUCGUGAUACUAUUCGCGAACUCAAUCGACUAUAGGUGGCAGUGCAGUUGCAUGAAAAUGGCCGAUGUAAUUGGGAUAACGUAUUUUUCUAUAAUUAAUAUUGUUAUUGAUGUAAUUAAUUAAUAUAAAUAAAUUAUUAAUUAAAUGAACACAUCCGACAAGCUUUCAAACACGUUCAUACAUAGGUUAACGGAUAAUUGGUUUAUAUUUUCAUCCCAAUUCUUCUAGUUCCAAAUAAGCGGCAGCACCCUCGCUUGAGCUCGCGAAUCCCGACAUCGUAAGUAUCUUACUUUAGUUUACUUUCAAAACUAAUACCAAAUUCUGACCUUAAUAUGUAAAUAUUAUGUUAUUUUAAAUUAUAAAUAAUAUUAAUAAUACAUAUAGAUAUCUAAAUAAUACUAAAAUAUAAAAUGUACUAACUCGAUAUGUUAUUGACUUACUAAUCGUGGUAUUUUUUUUUUCUAUUGACUUCCUCUUUUAGUAUGGGUAAUCACAUCCUACUGCAUUCUGCCGAGGAAUUUGCGACACAAUUGGUUUCAUUUAGCAUAAUUAGAGCAGCUUCUUUGAUUUUUCUCGUUGUACUAUCUGUUUCUUUUAGGACUAUCCUUGAAUCUCUCCACUGAACUCUAUGUUCAUUAUCCCAUGCGUGUUGACAUAAGUAUUUGAGAUCUAUCAAAUUCUUUAUUUUUAAUAUAAGACUGAUGUUCACUUAUUCUAACGUUUAAUGGUCUUGAUGUUUCACCUAAAUAAAAUUGUUAGGUUUAGAUAGAAUAGAUCUCAAUGUGUUUGUUGUUUUGAAUGCUGUUGAAAUGUUGAAUUUAUUUCCUGUUUUAAGUUUCUUGGAUAGUCCUUUUACGUAUAUAGUAUAUAUGGUAUUGAUAGUUUCCUCGUAUUAUUUCUUGUGAAUGUUAUAUGAUCCCUUUCUAAGUUGUUCUGUUCCAUUCGAUCCAAUCUUGACAAUUAUUUAUUUAUAAACGAUAAAGGAUAACAAUUUUUUUAAUAAAACAGAUGUUAACAAUGGUUUUUCUUCUAAGAAUGCAUUUUCGUUAGAACAAGUAAUUUUGGCUCUAUCAUAUAAGGAUUUAAUGAUUCCCUUUUUAACGUUGAUGUUGUGAUUUGAUUUGUAAUUGAAAUAUCUGUUGGCGUGUGUUAGUUUUCUAUACACUUGAGUCUCAUAUCCAGUAGGUAUCCUUUUUUGAGACUAAAACAUCGAGGAAAGGCAGGGUGUUAUUAUAUUCCUUUUCCAUUGUAAAUUUUAUUGUCUCUUGAUCGUUUAUAAUAUUUAGGAAUGUAUCCAACAAUUCUGAUCUAUGAGGUCAUAUUGAAAACACAUCAUCUACAUAUCUCCACCAUACUGUGGUUUUUAAAUUUUGUUUAGAAAUGAUAUUAGUUUCGAAAUCCUCCAUAAAUAUAUAUUAGCCAAUAAUGAAGAUAAAGAGCCCAUUCAGUGAAAUCGUCCCAGAAACGCAACUCAUAAAUAUUGGCAACAUCAUUUUAAAGUCUUCUAGGUACUUUAAAAUGUAUAAUAUAUGUCUGAAUUGUCGAUAUAAAUGAGUCAGAUUUAAUAAAUUAUUAGAAGAAUUUUUUACUAAGCAACAACGCUUUUGUUGAAUUUAUUAAUAUUUUUUGUAUUUUGAUAACGGCAUCCGAUUUGAAAAACUUUCACUGCAUACGGAAUUGUAACCAUUUCGUCUUAGGUGCAUAAUUUAAUGUUGUGGAAUAUCACAUUUAUGUGUUGCCUGGCAACUGAACCACAACAUUUCAAACAAUGAUG